CAUUGUCUCAACACUACUUGAGAGGAUGGAACUAGACAGAACAAAUUAAUAGAAAAAUCAGAAGGUAUUGCUGCUUAGUGCAAAGGGACCCAGCUAAGAACCUUUAGUACUAUAGUGCACUAUCCAUGGUAAACAGUAGGUGGUAACCUUAAGAGCAGUACAGUCUUCAAACACUGAUUCUUCAUACAUAGCAUUUCUGAAUUAGUUUGUGCUGGUUGACAGAUUUUUGCAUUUUCACUAAAGUAAUGAUUGCAAAAUGCAUAGUAUGUGUGACUUUUUAGAAAUUGACAACCAGUUCAUUUUCCAUGAUUUGUAAAUAAAGGAACCAGUUCAUUAAUGAUCCUCAUUAGAUUGUGUUCUCCCUCACUUUAAACUUUUUCGUUUUUUACAUUGGAGAUAAGCACAUUCUGUGCCAUCCUGGGAGAUGUAGCAUAAAAAUAGUUUAUAUUUAGUAAAGAUAAAUUAUCUUAAAUUUCUUAUCAUAGUUUCGGUCCUUCUUUCCAUCCUUUACAGGUAGAAUGUCAGCAUUGUCAUUCAAAAAAAAUGCUACUUCAACAUGAAGCACCAUCUUCAGCAUAUCUGUGUGUUAACUGCAUAUCAAUAUUUCGGGUACUUGGCAUAUUUGGUGUGACUGGGCGUAAAAAGAGAUAUUCUGUCACUGAGGCAGAGCUCCAAAGACGUCAAGGACCACCGGAACACUUCUCAAAUAAUGCUAUGAAGACCUAUUUGAGGUUCCCUCGCACACAUGAUGCCCUGCCAGUUAAGUUCAGAACACCUUCACAAAGAAAAACUACUCUUAGUACAUUCACUAAUAUUGUUGAAGGUGAAGCUGCAGACCUAGCAAAAGAUUUCCAACGGUUUUUGUUUGCAAGCAAUUUGAUAGAACAACUCUGCAAAGGAGUGAAUAACAUUGGGAGUAUCAGUGAAGUUUUAGAUCAAAUGCUGGACAAUUUGGCACAUGUUGAUUGGCUUAUUAAAUUCAAUUUGCUCACCCAUGGUAGUGGGCUGAUGUUUGUUAAAGCAGUUCUGCUCUAUGUUCGUUCUGCAGCCCAUUAGACCUGCAGCUUUUUCUAGCAUGAGAGAGUAAACACAAAACUGGCAUGAGCUACCAGCUAGAUACUAGUACAGUACAACCUUGCUUUAGUGGACCCGGAACAGACAGACAUCAGAUUUAAUGGACAAAAUCCGGCCAGGGUAAUCUAGCCUAAGACGACUGUUGAAUUACAAAACCUGUGUAUAGGUUAGCUUUUGCAACAACAGGUAUCUUACAAAAAAAUUGGUUAUGUAAACUUUAUGUUAUUACAAAUGCUGUUUUACUUACUGUAUUCCUAGAAAUUCAAAAUAAAUAAAAUUUAGCCA